CAGACCAGGCGGGCUGUGCGUCGCCGCCUCGCCAAGUCGCCGCGUCGCCCCGCCGAGCGUCCCGCCGAGCGUCCCGCAGGCUCCGGGAGUCUGAGGCAAUCUGACGCAGUCUGACGCAGUCUGACGCAGUGACGCAGUCCGAGCCCAGGGCCCGCUCGGCCAUCGACCGCCCCAAUCGUCUGCAAAUCGAAAACAUGAUCCAGUAAAUCGUCAGCGGCCGCGUGAAGGCGUUGCGGGGCACUUGCGCUGGAACGUUAAGGUGGUGACCCCAGGCCCGCGAAUUCACGUACUCGCGCUCGGUUUUCCCUGACUGGGCGUUGCAGGGCACACGGGUCAACAUGAGGGGCUUCAUGGUGGCGCUCGAGCUGGGCGCGUUCUUGGUGAUGUCGCUGCUGGUGGCCAAGUGCCUGCUGUGGCUGCUGUCCACUGUCCGCGACGUGCUGCUGCAGUUGUGGGCGACGCGCGACAUGCCGGGGCCGCCGUCGUACCCGCUGGUCGGGAGCUUCCUGGCGGUGGCCGGACCCCAGGAGGAGCUGUACGACAAGCUGGUGGCCCUCCGCGCUGAGCACGGCCCCACCGUCAAGCUGUGGCUCGGCCCCGUGCUCGUCGUCAUUGUGUCCCGCCCGGACGACCUCGAGCUGGUGUUCACGGACGCGCGCCUGGCGGACAAGCCCUGGCUCAUGUACGCCAGCUCGAUGGAGCCGUGCCUGGGCGCGGGGCUCAUCACCAUGAACGGCGAGGACUACCGCCGCCACCGCCGCCUCAUCGCGCCGUCUUUCGCGCAGAACGUGCUGCACAGCUUCGCGCCCAGCUUCAACGCCAACGCGCACCGCCUCGUGGACCGCCUGGACGAGCUCGCCGAGUCAGGCGAGGUGUUCGACGCGUCGCCGCUCUGCCGCAUGUGCACGUCGUACACGGUGUGCGAGACGGUGCUGUCGGCGGACUCGUCCCGGCUGGAGAGCGACCGGCAGGCCGUGGUGCGCGCCGUCUACCAGGGCGUCACGCUCAUGUUCCACCGCGGCAUCCGGCCCUGGUACCGCUUCGACACCCUCUUCAAGCUCUCCAGGCACUACAACGACUACCAGGAAAUGGUGCGGAUCGCGAACACCUUCGUGUCCAACGUGCUGGACCUCAAGAUGCGGCAGAAAGAGGAGCAGGAGCAGGAACGGGAGGUUGGGCGGCAGGGAGACGACGAGGACCUCGGCAAGGCCAAGCCCCGCGCCUUCCUCGACCACCUGCUGUCCUCGGAGGAGGGGCAGACCCUGAGCAAGGAGGAGCUGUCGGGCGAGCUCAAACACUUGGUGGCCGCCGCCAACUCCACCACCUCAGACACGCUCUCGUUCUUCUUGUACUGCGUCGCCAUCAGACAGGACAUCCAGGACAGGAUCCUGGAGGAGCUGGACUCCGUGUUCGAAGGCGACCGCGAGCGCGAGGUGACGCUGGCGGACCUGCCGCAGCUCAAGUACCUGGAGCGCGUCUUCAAGGAGACCCUGCGCCUCUUCGCCCCGGCGCCGCUCUACGCCCGACAGCCGUCCAGCGACGUGAAGCUACCAUCCGGCCACACGCUGCCCAAGGGCUGCGUCGUGCUGGUGUCGCCGCACUUCACGCACAGGGACCCCGCCGUGUGGGCCGACCCCGAGGACUUCGACCCGGACCGCUUCCUGCCCGAGAACUCGCGCGGCCGCCACCCGCACUCCUUCAUCCCGUUCAGCGCGGGGACGCGCAGCUGCAUCGGCCAGCGGUUCGUCAUGAUGUUCCUCAAGACGGCGGCCGCCACGCUGCUGCGCCGCUUCCACGUGCGCACGGCCGAGGACGGGCCGCGGCGCGUGUGCGACAUCAAGCCCAUCUUCAGCCUCACGCUGCACGUCAAGGGCGGCACGCGCAUCCGCGUGCGCCGCCGGGCGCCGGCCUAAUAGCCUUAUCUCCUAUUUUAAUUAAAUCUACUGCCAAGUCA